AUGAGUUGGUUUGACAAUCGCAGGACAGUGUUCACUUUGUUGACCUUGUUGAUAUUGGUGGUCGUGUUCAAUACGGUCAGCUGGCUGUAUAAUAAUCAAAUGUCUUUGGUGACUGUGGCCGAGGAGAAGGACGCCAAACAGGCCAAGGAGUCAGAGUUGGUCUUGGCAAAGAUACGUGAGCUUGAGGAUCUUGUACGCCACUUGACCCCGCCACCUUUGGUCAGCACCGCCUUCUCGACGACCCCACCUUCCCAGCUGACCGAGGACGACAUUAAGCAAUUGGCACGCGAGCGACUACAGGGUCGUCUCGACCCAUUCGACCCCAAAGUCGUUUUGACCGACAAGGACAUGCUCACAUACUUUAUCGACUACUUUAACGAGCAUAGCGAGGUUCUAAACAAGAACAAGUUCAAGCUGGCAGACAACCACAUCCCAAUCGUAAUCAGAGUGUUCAACAAGCCUCAGUACUUCAAGGUCGUCCUCGAGUUCUACAAGCGUCUGCCAAGGAUCAGCGAGACCAUGUUGAUCAUCUCACACGACGGCAUCUUCAAGGACAUGUUUGACCUCGUCUCUGCCAUUGACUUUUGUCAGGUCAAGCAAAUUAUACAUCCAUAUUCAUCACAAGUAUUAUCGAAUAGAUUCCCAGGCAAGUUGCCAAUUAAGGAGGAGGCCGACCCUAAUCAUCCAAGGGACAAUAAUGUUACACCAUUGAAGCAUCAUUAUUGGUGGCAUUUGAACUACAUUUGGGAAGCCCUGUUGAAGAACCACCAGGGAGACAUUUGUUUGAUGGAGGAGGACCACCUGCCACUGCAAGACUUCUAUCAGACUCUGACGGCGGUGCGCGAUAUCCGUAACAAGGACUGUCCAGAGUGCUGGAGUGUCCAGUUGGAGGGCUCGCAGCUUGGGGGCCAGGAGAAUCACAUGCUCGGCAUGUCGGACAACAUUGGCAACAUGGGUGUAACGUUUGACAGGAAGCACUGGAACAUGCUCAAGGGUGCCGCCAAGGAGUUCUGCGAGUUCAACGACUACAACUGGGACUGGACGAUGCAAAGGAUGAAGAACUUGGGCAAGAUUGGAGACAAGUUCAUGUUCACAAGACUUGCAAGAAUUGUGCAUAUCGGCACGUGCGGCGUCCAUCUAAAGGGCGCCGUGUGCGAGGUCACUCCAGACGAGCGUCGCGACUACGAGCAAAGGUUCGACAACAGCAAGAACAAUGGCGACUGGAGCAAAUACGACAUCAACACUGGCUUGAUCCAUGGAUAUCCCCAAAAGAAUGCCCCAGGCUUUGGUUCAUGGGACACAGCCGACAGGCAGCACUGUUUGAAAAUAUCCUAUUAA